AUGGCUGUGUUCCAAUUGCUUACCGAGAAUGCCUGUAACAUCUGCAACAUCUCUUCCUUAGGUUAUGCUUGCCGUGGUAUCUCCACCUCCACUGUUCUUCAGGCUAGAACCCACGUUAGCUGUGAUAUCAAAGGAGAUGUCGCUGUUGUACGUUUCAGCACACCAGAUUCAAAGGUGAACACUCUGUCCAAACAAUUGAGCUCCGAGAUGAGUGAUGUAUUGAAUGAAGUCUGGGCCAAUGAAGCUGUCAAAAGUGCCGUCCUCAUCUCUUCAAAGCCAGGCUCUUUCAUUGCUGGAGCAGAUCUUGACAUGAUUGGCGCCUGCAAGACUUCUCAGGAAGUGACUCAGCUCUCUCAGGAAGGACAGAAGAUGUUAGAAAAAAUUGAGCGGUCUUCAAAGCCCAUAGUUGCUGCCAUCAGUGGCUCCUGCCUGGGAGGAGGACUGGAGGUUGCCCUUGCCUGUCACUACAGAAUAGCAACAAAGGACAAGAAAACGGUCUUGGCCACACCUGAAGUGUCACUGGGACUCCUGCCAGGGGCAGGGGCCACUCAGAGGCUGCCAAAGCUGGUAGGACUUCCUGCUGCCUUUGAUAUGAUGCUAACUGGGAAGAGCAUCCGUCCUGACAGAGCAAAGAAGAUGGGUCUGGUUGACCAGCUGGUGGACCCACUAGGGCCAGGUCUAAAAACUCCAGAAGCAAGAACAAUUGAGUACUUGGAGGAAGUAGCAAUUAGCUUUGCCAGAGGACUAGCCAACAGGACUGUGUCUACCAGAAAAUCAAAAGGGCUAAUGCAGAAGAUAACAGAUUAUGCCAUGGCUGUUCCAUUUGUGAGGCAGCAAGUCUACAAGACAGUGGAGAGCAAAGUUCAGAAGCAGACCAAAGGACUCUACCCUGCUCCACUAAAAAUCAUUGAGGUUGUAAAGACUGGUCUUGAUCAGGGGCGUGACGCUGGAUACCUCACUGAAUCCCAGAAUUUUGGCCAACUUGCAAUGACUAAAGAAAGCAAGGCACUGAUUGGACUUUACCGUGGGCAGGUGCAAUGCAAGAAGAACAAGUUUGGAACACCUCAGCGAGAAGUCAAGACCCUGGCUGUGCUGGGAGCAGGGCUCAUGGGAGCCGGAAUUGCACAGGUUUCAGUGGAUAAAGGACUGAACACCAUUCUGAAGGACACAGUACAGCAAGGCUUGGAGAGAGGACAGCAGCAGGUCUUCAAGGGGCUGAACAGCAAGGUGAAGAAGAAGAGUCUAACACCGUUUGAGAGGGACUUGUUUCUCAGCAACCUGACGGGCCAGCUGGACUACAAAGGCUUUGAUAAAGCAGACAUGGUGAUCGAGGCUGUGUUCGAGGACAUUAACAUCAAGCACAAAGUGUUGAAAGAAGUGGAGGCCGUGAUCCCUGCUCACUGUGUCUUUGCCAGUAACACAUCUGCCCUCCCAAUCAGCCAAAUUGCCGCUGUUAGCAAGAGGCCAGAGAAGGUGAUCGGGAUGCACUACUUCUCUCCUGUUGACAGAAUGCAGCUGCUGGAAAUCAUCACCACAGACAAAACAUCCCAGGACACAGCUGCUUCUGCUGUUGCUGUUGGGCUCAAACAGGGCAAGAUUGUCAUCGUGGUAAAGGAUGGGCCUGGUUUCUAUACCACCAGGUGUCUGGGGCCAAUGCUGUCUGAAGUGGUCCGAGUUCUCCAGGAGGGUUUUGACCCGAAGAAAAUAGACAGCCUCUCCACAGCCUUCGGCUUCCCGGUCGGUGCUGUCACGCUGAUCGAUGAGGUGGGUGUGGAUGUAGCCACGCACGUGGCUGAGGACCUCGGCAAGGCCUUUGGUGAGCGCUUUGGAGGAGGCAACAUCGAGUUGUUCAAGCUCAUGGUGGAGAAGGGCUUCUUAGGCCGCAAGGCAGGAAAGGGCUUUUACAUUUACCAGGAGGGAGUGAAGAACAGGAACGUGAAUUCUGGCAUGGAUGAGAUCUUGACACGGUUCAAAGUGCCAGCCAACCCUGAAGUCUGCACUGAGGAGGACAUCCAGAUGCGGUUGGUGACGAGGUUCGUGAAUGAGGCAGCCAUGUGUCUCCAGGAAGGGAUCCUCAGCAACCCCGUGGAGGGAGAUAUCGGUGCUGUGUUUGGCCUGGGCUUCCCGCCAUGCCUGGGAGGUCCCUUCAGGUACGCAGACUCGUAUGGAGCCAAGCAGCUGGUGGACAAGCUGCGGAAGUACGAGGCCGUCUAUGGAAGCCAGUUCACGCCGUGCCAGCUGCUGCUGGACUAUGCCAACAACCCAAGCAAGAAAUUCCACCAGUGAGAGCGGCCCAUUGCCUCCUGCCUGUGAUGCACCGACAGCCGGAGCUGAGGGCACCGGCUCUCCAGCAACACCUGAUUCUCUGUAGGUUCAUCUGCAACGUACCUGGGGCAGGCAAGGAAGGAAGGAGGGAAGCAGCGGACUACCUUGUGGCUUGUAGUCAUUUCAAGUGCCUUAUCAGCUACUGUACGUUGGGCACUUCCGUCCUCUGCCAGCAUGGACCUGGGGUCUCCAUGUUGGAAGAGAAAUUCUUCUGCAUUCACCUCCAUGUUGCACUCGCCAGAACUCGCAGCAUGGCAUGCAGUAUCCGUGACACGGCUGGCUCUGAGGCCUUGCUUUCCAUAAACCUCCAACAAUAAAUCCCCAUCUCCUGGCUCUGGACUCCAAUGCCUGCUUCUAAUCCUGUCUCGCUGGGGCAGCAGCCUCUAGGCACUGAGGAAUGGAACCACUCGGGGUGGAAAUAAAGCGUUCAGGCAAUC